CGCCACCCUCGACGACCGAACCAUGUCCGAUAACGAGGCCCCGGCGAUGUCCGCCCCUGAACCCGUCGCCGCUCCCGCGCCCGCUCCCGCGGCCCCCGUGAGCGCGGCCCCCGUUUUCGACAACGCCAAGGUGGACGAGCUCAAGCUCCAGGCCACCGACAAGGUCCAGGAGCUCUACAAGAAGGGCAAGGACAAGCUCGACCAGUACGUCCGCUUCGGAGGCAACCCCAAGGUUGACCUCGAGCUCCGCAAGCACCUCGACAUCCGCAUUCCCAUGGCGCCCUCCAUCCGCGUCACCGUGGGCACCGACGCGUGCCUCCAGCCCCAGGGCGACAGCAACAAGUACGAGUUUGUCUACGAGCCCAAUUUCAACUGGGGCAUCACCGAGACCUGGUUCAACGGCCAGAUCGAGGUCAACACCGCGGACAAGCAGAUCAAGUACGCCAAGACCUUCGACCUCGACGCCAUCGCGCUCAAGGUGAACGGCGUGUUCGACUACGACAAAAACGUCCCUUACGUCGGCUUCAAGGUGCUGACCAAACCGGGGGUGAGCUCGGCGGCUGGCGACAGCAGCGGGUUCAGCGUGUGCAAGACGAUCAGCCAGAACAUCGGCCCACUCACGCUCUCCGCCGACAUCGCGUCCUCCGUGGCGCUCGGCGAGCAGACGUACAACCCCAGCAAGAAGUCGAUGGAGUCCUCCCCGGCGCAGGUCGAGUUCAACGCCGUCAAGCUCAUCCUGGAGGCGUAAAUCCAAACGCGCAAACGUCCUCGCGAUGCACGCGCGCGACGGUUGACUGGGUCGCGCGGACCGCACCGCCGCGCGCGGGUCGACGGGGACGCGUAUUUAUACACACGCGCGAUAGUCCACGCUAGAUCGUCUGUAAAUAGCAUCGCCGAGCCGAGAGUGCGACGUC